AUGAAGGUUGAUACGACUACCAGUAGACUCCCUCGAGCCAAGCACAUGUGUUUGGCUCCCUGUAUUAUGUUUAUUUCCAACCUUUCAUGGUUUGCAAGUCGCAUGCUAUCUUCCAUCUUCUCCUCCUAUGCGUUACUCUUGUUGUGCUUUUCUCACCACCUGUUUUGCUCUGCUACUGCUAGAGAUACUCUAACGUCACGUGACGAUCCAAUUAGGGACGACGGAUCAGAAGGUCUUGUUUCAGCUGGAGGAAGAUUUGAACUGGGAUUCUUUACACCUUCAUCUACAGGAGCAGGAAGGUCUGGCAAUGGAAAAUAUGUUGGUAUAUGGUAUCAUCAACUGACUCCAAGGACAAUUGUAUGGGUUUCCAACAGAGUAAAGCCAGUUCCUGCCAAUUCCACUGGAGUUUUUGCAAUCAAAGAAAGUACCCUUCAUGUGUGGGAUCCAAGUACUGGAGUGUCUUAUUGGUCAGCAGAGAAGGUAACCUCCUCUUCUGCUCUCAACCCGAUGGUGAAGCUCAUGGAUUCUGGGAACCUGGUGUUAAGUGAUGGUGACGAUCGGGUGGCUGUGAAUAAUAUUUUGUGGCAGAGCUUUCAAAAUCCAACUGAUACAUUCAUUCCUGGUAUGAAAAUGGAUAACGACAUGGAAUUGACUUCAUGGAGAGGUGAAGACGACCCAGGAUUUGGGAACUUCACCUUCAAACUAAAUGUAGCAGAAGACAACCAGAAUCAGUAUAUGAUCACAAAAUCAAAAUCGAUUGCUUACUGGAAAAGUCGAGAACCAGGAAUUGAAUACAAUCAUACAAGAUUGGUGAUGGAUUUUAAGGGGAAUAUACAGUUUUGGAGGUGGCUUAAGAAUAAUUGGAUUAGGAUAUGGUCAGAGCCAAAAGAUCAAUGCAGUGUGUUUAAUGCUUGUGGGAACUUUGGCAGCUGUAAUAUGAAUAAUUGGCCGUCAGUGUGCAAAUGCUUGCCAGGCUUCAAACCCACGUCUCUAGAUAAAUGGAAGUCUUGGGACUUUUCUGAUGGAUGCACAAGAGGGCCACCAUUAUGUCACAACAACGAAACAUUCUCCACUUUAAAGAUGAUGAAGGUGGGAAACCCAGACAUACAAAAUUAUGUUAGCAAUGAACCAGAAUGCAAGAACACCUGCCUCGAGAACUGCCAGUGUAUUGCUUACUCAUAUGCUGAAGCUCGUAAAACAAGGGGAAAGGAUGCUUAUACUUCUACGUGCUGGAUAUGGGACUCGCAGAAUCUAGAUAGUCUUCAAGAAGAGUAUGCUGACGGCCGAAACCUCUCUGUUCGCGUUUUCUUGGCUGAUUUAGGUAUUCUACUUCUCUAUUGUCUUUCACUUCUUCCUAUAGCCUGGUUGCUCCACCGUUGUUCCUCUGCUUCGUUACUUUUACUUGUCACCAUGGCUCCCAACAUCACCGUUGCUAAUUUGGCUGCACAACAUCAGGAAUUCCAGGUGAAAAUUUCUGCGGAUGUCACCAAAUUGACGGCUGAUCAAAAGACUGAAUUUUUGUCCAUGCCAACAGAUAUUGCCAAGUUACAAGCUUCCGUGACGUUAAUUGUCAACAACAUCACAACCUCAAAACCUGAGCCAUCCUCCACAUGUGUUGUUCGAUCUGGUCCAAACUUGGGUUUUGAGAUCGCCCGUCAUGCCAAGCCUACCGCUCCUGACUUCGAUGGACGUAGGGAUCCUACUAUCUUUGUUGAUUGGAUAUUGGCUAUGGAAGAUUAUUUUGAAUGGUAUGAUAUGUCCGAUGCACAACAGAUUCAGUUUGCCAAACUCAAAUUGGUAGGAGCCGUAAAGCAAUAUUGGAAGGCUACUGAGCACCAUCGUCAACAACUUGGACAAACCCCUGAAGAGCUCAUAGUUACAGUUUCUCAUUUUAUUCAUGGGCUCAAGGAUGAUCUCAAACACGAGGUAAAUAGUUCAUGUCCGGAUGUGUUGGAGGACGCCUAUUGCCAAGCCUUGGAAGUUGAGACAUAUUUGUCGCCACAACAUUCAGGGUACUCUGGUCAACUUGCAACUGCCAACCUAACUCACACCACUACGAGUAUGAAGAUGGGGUUUCCAGGACCAUCUAACCCUACUACACCGCCACUUAACAAAGGACCGGUUGUUUUCACUAAUGCUCGCGUUGAAUGUUUCAAUUGCCAUGCCAAAGGACAUAUUGCCUCUCGUUGUUCGCAGCGAACUUUAACUAUCAACACUCUUGCUUGUGAGAAUGUGGAGCCUCUCGAAGGUGUCUAUGAUCCAGACAUCGACGAUUGCUGA